CGCAUGCGAUGUGAUAAAAGUGCGAGGAAUCGGCGCGCGCGGCCAGUACCGAGCACACCUGCAGCGUGACCGCCGGCGCGCCGCGCCUCCGUCCAUACCGUUCACUCCACCGUUUCCGUACGUUCAGUCCCGUCACCACCCGGUAGUGCAUGUGCUCCCCUCUGGAAGAUUCACAAACAAGCCGAGCAGUGCCGCACUCUACGCCGAGCACUCGCAGACACUAGUCGUGCCUGCCUGAGUGCAGUCAAUUUUGGAAGUUGCCUCGACAGUUUAAUUAUAAGUAAUCAACAAAAUGGCGCUAGUUUUAGAGUAUAUAGACCGCAUGCAUAAAUUUAUGGAUAAAUAUGGAGAUUCCCGGACAAAUCCAUGGUUCCUGAUGAGUUCCCCAUUACCUACAUUAAUAUUAUGUUUAACCUAUGUUUAUCUAGUCAAGGUUCUAGGACCAAGGUUUAUGGAAAACCGAAAACCAUACAAUUUAAAAAAUAUUUUAAUAGUAUACAAUUUUUCACAAGUGUUGUUCAGUACAUGGUUGUUCUAUGAGUGUUUGAUGGGGGGCUGGCUGCAGUAUUACAGCUUAAGGUGCCAACCCGUGGACUACUCCGACAACCCCCUGGCUACGAGAAUGGUACACGCUUGCUGGUGGUACUACUUCUCAAAAUUCACAGAAUUUUUCGAUACGAUCUUCUUCGUGUUAGCUAAGAAGUACGACCACGUGUCCACCCUCCACGUGAUCCACCACGGCGUGAUGCCCAUGUCGGUGUGGUUCGGAGUCAAGUUCACGCCCGGCGGCCACUCUACCUUCUUCGGGUUGCUCAACACCUUCGUGCACAUCGUCAUGUACACGUACUACAUGCUGUCGGCCAUGGGACCCUCUGUGAGGAAGUACCUUUGGUGGAAGAAGUACCUCACUGGUCUGCAAAUGCUCCAAUUCAUAGGCAUCAUGGUGCACGCGUUCCAGCUGCUGUUUAUCGAGUGCGACUACCCUCGGGCCUUCGUGUGGUGGAUCGGCAUGCACGCCGUCAUGUUCUUCUUCCUGUUCAAGGACUUCUACAACCAGUCCUACGGCAGACGCAAACCUAAGCAAAAGGUGGCGGCCGGCGCGAACGGCAAGGCAGCGCACGCGACGGAGCUAGAGUCGCCGUACAAGAACGGCAGCCUGAAGAACGGGCUCCUGAACGGCACGCUGCGCGCGCGCACCGUUUUGCCGGCCGGCAACUGACGCGCCAAGGCCGCGUCCCGAGUUCACGAACCGAGCCCCGGCUCCUAGUGUUAAAUGUGAUUUUUAUCUAGUGUACAUACGGUUAAGCGGUGUAAACGGUGUAUAUUUUAUUCAUAAGAUAACGUUAAAGCUAGAUUUGUGAUCGCGUAAAGUUUUCUACAUUACCCGACGGCCGAGCCGCCGUUUGCGUUUACGAAAUGCUUGGUGCUUGCGUGAGAUCCGUGACGUUUCACCAUAUACGAAUCGAGUACCUUGCCUAUGUUAAUUUUAAAGUGGCACCGGCGAAGCAAAAAAAACAAGUUAAUAUUAAAUUAUGAAAACCUAGUUAAAAUUUAUUGAGAUGGUAUGAUAUGAUAGAUAAAUUGAUUUUAUAAGAAUUGAUCUAGUUGCUAUUGUUCAAAUUUUAUUAUAAUUUAAAUCCCACAUUGCACAUAUUUUUACAUUUUAUAAUUUUGAGUACAAAAUAUGUACUGUGUACGUCAAAUGUUCAAUGCAAAUAUAAGUUAAUGGAAGCGUUGAAAGGGUUGUGUUGGUUAUUUAUUGUUUUGUUUAAUUUAUGUUUUAUUUAAGUUUUACCAAAAUUAUUUGUACAUAGGAUCAAAUUAGUAACGGGUUUUAUAGUUGUAGUUGUCGAUGUUCUUCCUUUGAUAUGUUAUUUAUUAGUCUUCCGUUUUGUUUUGUACUUACACUGAAUGAUCAGGUGCUCUUUGGUUCUGACAGACCAUGUUAUCAGCUGAAAACGAACUCGCCAUGUUAGUAAAAUUAAAUCAAUUAUAAAACCAUGUAUGGAAUCAGUUUUACCUGUUGUUCUUUUUUAUACAAAGAAAUCGCAAAUAAAUUGUAAGUAAACCUAA